UCUUCCAUCGAGCCUUAUUCAUAAGAUAUUUCUUCUCUAAUAAUUGAAAGCAAAAGAAAUCAGUAUUUUUUUUAGAAAGGUAAAGAGAUGGAGGAAACAAAGGAGAGAAAGAUAGUAGUAGCAGUGGACGAAAGCGAAGAGAGCAUGGAAGCUCUUUCAUGGAGUCUUGACAAUCUUUUUCCAUAUGAUUCCAAUAAUACACUCAUCCUCCUCUACGUAAAGCCCCCGCUUCCCGUUUACUCUUCCCUUGACGCCGCAGGGUUUAUAGUGACCGGAGACCCGGUUACAGCUUUGAAGAAGUAUGAAUACGAGCUCGUGGAAUCGGUCAUGGCUCGAUCUCGAACCGUGUACCAAGAUUAUGAAUCCGAUAUUAAUAUAGAAAGACGAGUUGGAAGAGGAGAUGCUAAGGAAGUUAUAUGCAAGGCAGUUGAGAAACUUAGAGCUGAUAUGUUAGUAAUGGGCACUCAUGACUAUGGCUUCUUCAAAAGGGCUUUGCUAGGGAGUGUGAGCGAGUAUUGCGCCAAACGAGUCAAGUGUCCUGUGAAAGAAGCGAAGAUUCUGUUUCUAGGUCUCGACAACGCCGGCAAAACCACCUUGCUUCACAUGUUAAAGGACGAGAGACUGGUCCAGCAUCAGCCGACACAGCAUCCGACAUCGGAAGAACUAAGUAUCGGCAAAAUCAAGUUCAAAGCCUUCGAUUUGGGAGGUCAUCAGAUUGCUCGCAGAGUCUGGAAGGACUAUUACGCUAAGGUUGAUGCAGUGGUAUACCUAGUGGAUGCAUAUGACAAAGAGAGGUUUGCAGAAUCAAAGAAAGAGCUUGACGCUCUUCUCUCUGAUGAAUCCCUAGCAAAUGUCCCUUUCCUCAUCCUUGGAAACAAAAUCGACAUUCCGUACGCUGCAUCAGAAGACGAGCUGCGUUAUCAUCUAGGCCUCACCAAUUUCACCACUGGGAAAGGUAAAGUGAAUCUAGCAGGAACAAAUGUUCGUCCCCUUGAGGUGUUCAUGUGCAGCAUUGUCAGAAAGAUGGGUUACGGCGAAGGAUUUAAAUGGGUUUCUCAAUAUAUCGACUAGAUCAAUUAUAAGUCUUAUCUAUCUAUAC